GAAAGAAUGCAGAAAUACAUUUGUGGAAAAUAUUUGAAAUAGAAAUAAAAAAUGUACAAGUUGCUUAAUUUCGAUACUAAAAUUGUGUCUUUGGUAAUGUUUGUCCAAUGACCUUUGAAAUUUUCUGAUUCAGACUUGUAUUUUUAAUUUUUUCAAGGUUUUCGGCGCGGGUACCCUGUGGUUUUUGGAAUACAGAAAUAUUGGAAAAAAAUAUAUUAAACAGGGGCAAUUUGCUCUGUUUCGAUAUCCAAACAUUGUCUUUAAUCAACUUUGACCAAUGGCCUUUUCAAUGUACUGAUUGAGACGUGUAUUUUUUUUUUCGUUUUAACAACGCGGGUACCCUGUGGUUUUGCUCCGAAAUGGAAAAAUCUCAUAUUUCAAGAUGUUCCACCAAAGGGAUUUUUUGGGACUUUUAGUAAGUUAACUAGGUUAUAUCACUUGUUCAAAAUCUACUGAGAGAAGUUCUAUUGCAAUAAGCUCCACCUGGACCAUUAAAAUUUUAUAGAUUGACUGGACUAAAUACCUACCCUCGCUGAGCCGCUGAGCUGUGGGUACCAGGCCUGGUUGCUAUACCAAAUGCAAGAUGGCGGCCGAUGGUAAACGAGACACGAGAAAACCAAAACGAACGAAAAAAGCCUGGCGUAUUGAUAAAAAGAAGUCAUGGGACAAAGAACAACAAGAAAUGAAGGACUUAGAGGACCGAUGCAAGGAGAUUGGCUCAUCGGAAGUAGAAAAGUUCUCGGAUUUUCCUAUAUCCAAAAGAACAUUAGAUGGUUUAAUGAAAGCUGGUUUCGUUACUCCAACUGAUAUCCAAAAGCAGGGGAUACCUGUGGCUUUAUCUGGUCGUGAUGUUCUUGGUGCUGCUAAAACUGGAUCAGGAAAGACGCUAGCAUUCCUAAUCCCAAUUAUUGAAACCCUAUGGAGACAGAAAUGGACAUCCAUGGAUGGCUUGGGUGCCUUGGUAAUAUCACCCACAAGAGAACUGGCAUACCAGACAUUUGAAGUCUUGGUGAAAAUUGGAAACAAGCAUGAUUUGUCUGCUGGGCUGAUAAUUGGAGGAAAGGAUUUGAAAAAUGAACAGAAGAGAAUAAUGAAAACAAAUAUUGUUGUGUGUACACCUGGUAGACUGCUUCAGCAUAUGGAUGAGACACCAAAUUUUGACUGUACCUCAUUACAAAUACUUGUUCUAGACGAGGCUGAUCGUAUACUUGAUAUGGGAUUUGCUCCAACCCUCAAUGCCAUUAUAGAGAACUUGCCAUCUGAGAGGCAGACUUUACUAUACUCAGCUACACAGACGAGAUCAGUGAAAGACUUGGCCAGGCUUAGUUUGCAGGAACCAACCUAUAUAUCGGCACAUGAGAAGUCAGAUACAAGUACCCCGAAUCGGCUCACACAGAGCUAUGUUGUGUGUGAGCUUCCUGACAAGCUCAACUUUCUAUUCUCCUUUAUUCGAAAUCAUUUGAAAUCCAAAAUACUGGUGUUUGUGUCAAGCUGCAAACAGGUCAAAUUCAUAUAUGAGGGUUUUCGGCGUCUGCGACCUGGAAUUCCCCUGAUGGCUCUCUAUGGCAAGCAGAAACAGCUUAAGAGAGUUGCAAUUUAUGAUGAGUUUUGUAAGAAAACCCAGUGUGUGCUCUUUGCAACAGACAUUGCAGCAAGAGGAUUAGAUUUCCCAGCAGUCAAUUGGGUCAUACAACUGGACUGUCCAGAGGAUGCAAACACUUAUAUCCACAGAGCGGGCAGAACUGCUAGGUACCAGAAGGAUGGGCAAUCUCUUCUAGUGCUUUUACCCUCAGAAGAACAAGAGAUGAUCAAGGCUCUCAAAGAUAAGAAAGUUCCCAUCAAUGAAAUAAAAGUAAACCCAAAGAAGAUGAGCAGUAUUCAGAGCAAACUGGAAUCGUUUCUUGCUCAGGACCAAGAACUCAAACAUUGGGCUCAGAAGAGCAUCAUAUCGUAUGUCCGAUCUGUCUUCUUGCAAUCCAACAAAAAGAUAUUUGACACAACCAAGCUCCCUAUCAAAGAAUUCUCUGUAUCUCUUGGUCUUUCAAAUGCGCCAAGGAUAAGAUUCUUGCAGAAAGCAGAAAAGAGAUUUGGUGGCAAACAAACCUCUGAGCCUACCAUGGGUGAUGUCGACAUUGGAGACAGUAGUGAUGAGGAGGAGCCUAGGGACAAGUCACAGGACCACCCUCCUUAUACCGUCAGAGAAAGCAAUGAGCCUGACUUUACUGGGAUAGAGGACACUGUCGACCAGGACGGUGAUGCUGAUAUGUUGUUUGUGAAAAGGAGGAAUGUGGAAGUUGAACCCUUAGACUUUGAGCUAGAUCAGACUAAGGAAAAGAAGAAAACAAAGAAAGAGAAGAUGCCGACUAAAGUCUCUCAUGCCAAGAAGCUGGUCAACAAGAAGCUGAAGUUGAACUCAAAAAUCACCUUUAAUGAUGAUGGCAAGCCGGAAAGUGUGGAAGAUGGCCCAGAGGCACGAAGUGAACCUGGAGCCGCAGAAGAACCUGCUCUAGAGCCUGUGCCUCUUGGUGCUGAGCACGGACAGGAAGUCGGUGGCAUCUCAGUGGAGGAGUCCCGCAAGCUUCUAUCUUUAGAGGACAAAAAGGAUCGCCACAUGGAGCGUGAGAGGAUACGAUCACAGCACACAAAAAAGCGCCUAAAGGAGAAGAGAAAACGCAAGGAACAAAAGGGGGAGACUGUUGCCAUGCUAGAGACAGGUGGGGAUGAACUCAGUGAUGAGCAAGCAGAGGACUAUAUAGGUCAAAGACCAACCAAAAAACGUAAAGCACAAACUGAACUCACAGUACCUUAUGAAGAGGAUGACCAGAAUGCUUCCCUAGUAGAGGACGAAGAAUUAGCUCUACACUUGCUGAAUGGGACAUGACCACGAACUAGCCCUAAAUAGGGCAUAGCUAAAAAUUAGACCUACACUUGCGGUCUGGACCAUUAUGUGUCUUUCCAAUGCAAGUAUAGGUUGGAACGGAUUUUUGGCUACAAGAUUUCAAACAAGAUUUUGCAAACAAUGGAAUCCAAACAAUGGAUAUAUAGAUUAUAUAUAUAAGUAAAUGGCUCAUGGCUGAAACUGGCUCAGGGCUGAACCAUACAGAUGAAAAUGUGAACAAUGCUUUUUACUUGUCAAUAGUAGGCAAAGGCAAAAAACAUGCACUUUUUAACCUAACUCAUCAAGAAAAUAGAUAGACUGUCUACAUAAAAAGGGCAGCAAAGCGAAAACAAAGUAAGUCAAGUAACUCAAGAAUCUCAAACCUGGCAGGGACUAUGGUACAAAUUAUGGAAUGUUUUACUGAUGAAAAAAAAACACAACUACAAACAAAAUCAACAUUCCAGCAGUCACCAUUA